CCAAUCAUACUGUGACCACGGGACUUUGAAACUGCGCAUGCGUGGAACAUGGACCAGAGCGCCGCAAAGUUUCUUCUUCAGUUCCGAACACAAGUCGAUUUUCAUUGUAAAUAGGCUUUGACUUCACCGAUCGGAUGCCCGCAAACAGACAGUGGGAUAGCCAUGUCGUCUAAGUGGUGGAAUCAGUGGCUUGUUUCCAAUGGCAGCUCUCAUUUAAACUUCACAGGAUGCUUCAGCUCCAACCACAGCAGUGUCCUGUACGGGAACAACUUUGGAGGGAUACCAGUUGUGCUUCUUCUGGACUUCUGUGUCUUCACAUUCCUUUUGAUCAUUUUCUCUAUUAUAAGAAAACAAUUCUGGGACUUUGGACGGUUAGCGCUGGUCGCUGAAAGUGAGGGGUUUAAUGAUUUUGGACACCGGAACUAUGGUCGCAUGUCAUCCCUACUGUCAAGCACAGAUGAACACGACCAUGAAUUGGGCUUUUUCUCGUGGGUGCCUUACAUUGUUAGAAUGGAGGAUGACAAAAUUAAAGAUAGAUGUGGCAUAGAUGCUACAAAUUACCUCUCUUUUCAACGCAAUUUGAUUUUCUUACUUAUGGUCAUAACUGUUGCCUCCCUUGGAAUUAUUUUGCCUGUGAACAUGACUGGAGACCUUUUAGAAAACAACCCACUAAAUUUUGGAAGGACAACAAUAGGCAAUCUUCAAAGUGGGGAUAAGCUGCUAUGGCUGCACACAAUCUUUGCAGUAUUUUACUUGAUACUGACAGUUGUUUUUCUACGACGCCACACUUCGCAAAUGAAAGACAUGCGGAAAGAAAUAGCUAGAAAUGCAUUGUUUGUGACAUCAGUGCCAAAAACUGCAACAGAAGAUGCUGUAAUGUCUCAUUUUACAGAAGCAUAUCCAACCUGCCGUGUGUGUGAUGUGACUCUGGGCUUUGAUGUGGCUAAACUCAUGCACCUUGAUAAAGAAAGAAUACGUGCUGGAAAAAACCUACGCUACUAUGAAAAAGUGUUUGAGAAUACAGGCAUACGUGAAAUGAUCAGCCCAAGAGUGUGUGGUCACCUCUGCUGUUGUGCCUCAUGUGAAAAGGUUGAUGCUAUAGAGUUCUACAGCAACAAAGAAAAGCUGUUACUUGAAGAUUUCAGACAGGAAGCAGAAAAGGUUCCAGAACAUCCUUUGGGAAUUGCAUUUGUAACACUGCAGAAUGAAAGAAUGGCCAAGUUCAUAUUAAAAGAUUUUAAUGCAGUGGAUUGUCGCCAGAAUUGCUGUUGUGGACGAGAGCGUCAGCCCUCCCAAUAUAGUGCACCUUUGAAAGUGAAGAAGUGGACAGUUAGUUUUGCACCACAUCCCAGAAACGUGUACUGGGAAAAUCUCUCUGUGCGGGGUGUAAUGUGGUACCUGCGCUACAUACCACUCAACAUUUUACUGUUUCUCCUUCUGACCUUCCUGACAACUCCCACCAUCAUCAUCAGCACCAUGGACAAGUUCAAUGUUACUAAGCCCAUAAAAGAUCUCAAUAGUCCUAUAAUCACUCAGUUCUUCCCCACUCUCCUGCUUUGGUCCUUCUCUGCACUGCUGCCCACUGUAGUCUACUACUCCACGCUUGGAGAGGCCCAUUGGAGCAGGUCCAGUGAGCAGUUGAGUAUGAUGAGGAAGCUCUACUUUUUUCUGCUUUUCAUGGUGCUUAUACUGCCAUCACUUGGACUAACAAGUCUUGCUGUUUUCUUCAGAUGGCUGUUUGAUAAGAAUUUUCUAGGAGAUGGAUGGCUUAAUGGAAAGCUAAGAUUUGAGUGUGUAUUCCUCCCCGACCAAGGAGCUUUCUUUGUUAACUACGUCAUCGCCGCAGCUCUGGUGGGCUCUGGGAUGGAGCUGUUACGGUUACCAGGGUUACUGCUGUACACAAUUCGUCUGGUCUGUGCCCGUUCCGCUGCUGAGAGGAAAUAUGUGAAGCAGAAUCAAGCCUACGAGUUUGAGUAUGGAGCUAUGUACGGCUGGAGCCUCUGUGUGUUCACUGUAAUCAUGGCCUACAGCAUCGUAUGUCCUAUUAUUGUACCUUUUGGUCUGCUAUACAUGUUACUGAAGCACCUAGUGGACAAACACAACCUGUACUUUGCCUAUCUCCCUGCCAGCCUGGACAAGAGGGUUCACAUGGGAGCUGUUAAUCAAGCCAUGGCUGCUCCCAUCAUCUGCCUUAUAUGGCUAUACUUCUUCUCUGUGCUGAGAACUGGUUUUAUGGCAGCCACGUCCCUUUUCACACUUGUAGUGCUGUGUAUCACUGUCGGCAUCUGCCUUAGCUACACCUGCUUUGGCGUCUUUAAGUAUCUCAGUCCACACAAUUAUAAGAUUUCAGAGGAGGAUGAAGAUGCAGGGGAAGGAGCAGAAGAAAAGACCAUGGUCUACCUUCCCAGAGUGCUCAAUACCAAAUCUCCAGCUCAGCCCCAGCAAGAGGAGGAGCCCCCAAAAUCAAACUUUUAUGGUUCAACAGAGGACAGCCCUGUCUGUGACACAAGUGCAGUGGAGGACACUGCUUCAGAUACAUGAGUCAGUGAACUGUAUCAAAAAUAUUAAUAUUUUUAUCUGCCAAAUAUACACUGCCAGUAGGGUAUUGCCUCUAGUUUUUCCAGUUAAGACUCUGCUUGAUAUUGUUCACAAAAACGUAAUACUUAAAUCAUCACUGCAAAUGCCAAAGUAAUGAAGAAGAAAAAAAAAUUUUACUGUAUAAUGCCAGUGGUAACCUGCCAAGGGAAUCUCCUUUUUAAGUGCACUUUUAUACUUUUAAGAGGUCUAUUUAUUAACUACUUUAUGGUUUUGUCCCUGGCUUACUGAAGGUUUAGAAAUUCUUAAUAUUUUGAUUGAUACUUUGCAGCUGAUGUCAUCAACAUUCUCGGGGUGUGAAGCUAACUGCUCUGUCUGAAGCUCUGUUACUCAUGUUAGAUUUUAAUCUGAGCUUCAUUUUAACACAAUUUGACCAGAAAGAGCUGACUUAGUUAAUAAUAAUAAUAAUGCAUUAGUCUUAUAUAGCGCUUUUCUAGACACUCAAGGUCGCUUUACUAUUUGGUGCAUUAUUCAUGCACUCCACACUUGGUGAUGGUAAGCCACUGUUGUAGCCACAGCUGACCUGAGGCAGACUAACUAAAGUGACCCUGCCAAUUUGCGACAUCGACCCCUCUGACCACCACCAUCACUCAUACACAGACCACCCUCAUACUAGACAAUGUGGGUGAAGUGUCUUGCCUGAGGGCACAACAACAGUUUUUGCCACUGGUGCCCCACUGUGGUACCUGGUACUCCUAGCAGUAUCUUAUCUAAGUACUAACCAAGCCCUGCCCCAGACGAGAUCAGGCUUUGACAAGGAGGUUUGGCCACAUGUUGUAGUUAAACUACAGAUGUUUUGUACUUUUAAACGAGUGUUUCACAUAUAAAAGUACAGUCAGAAGCUAGGUAGCAUUAGCCAAUCACAAACUCUUGAAAAUGUGUUGUCUAAGUCCAUUUUAUAUGUUUUCUUGAGUUUUCAGACAAUUAUAAAACAAGAUGCAGAAUGUAUGUAGAAUACCCCCAGUGUGAAGUCAUUGCAAAGUAUCAAUAUAGUAUAAUUGUAAUCAAUUGUCAUGUACACUGUUUGAUGAAACAACUAUGAUAUUUUUGUUACUUCAGCGAUGCACAACAUUUUAUUCAAGAAGGAUUGCCAUAUGCUCAUUUUGCCACUGGAGGGCACUGUUUGCCUACUUUAAAACUUCACUUGGCAUUAAACACACAUCACUACUUACAGUAUGUCUUAAGUGAUUCAGGGGCUGGAAUGAAUGCUUUACUGUGUAACUUUUCCAGUAGCUCUGCCCCCUCACCUGAUCCUUUCGUGCUAAGCGUCUUUUGUAUUGCUGUCCUUCCCUGUUGGUCACACCACCUGCGUCAGCUAAAAGACGGAGUAGUGGCCACAGUUGUUAAAUAUGGCUAAUGAAUUGAUAAGUAUACAAAACUACUGAGUAUAAGAGAUCAGGAAACUUUUUAAUGUUUCCAAAACAGAUUAAUGUCUCUUAUCUAAGCAUUAAAUCUGCAAUUUAUUUAGUUUUGUAUCAUAUCUGGGUACAAAUUGGCUUAGGAAAUUUAAAACUAUCUUUGUGAUUCAGCUGCAAACAUCAGUAUUAUGGCAGGUAUUUAAAAGAAUAUGAAAAUACAAUAGGUCAGAGUAGAGAAACAGUUAAAGUUAUAAUGAGAUAAAAUUAACUUAUGUAACAGAAUGUCAUGAGAAAACAAUGCCUGGUUAGAAUGCAAAACCGCUAAUAAGCUGCAGAUACUGUAUUCUCAUGUGGUCUAAAUGUUUUGCAUCUGAUAUCAAAACAUGACUAACAAUGGCUUUGCAUGUGUUGUGUAUGUGAUGGUUGUUCUCGCUCAAUAAAGUAGGAUUUAUGUGAAUAGCUCAGCCAAUGACACACUAUAUUCUGACCCAACUCCUGACCACAAGCUAAAACUUCAAAUACUCUCAGUGCCUAAAUGUAUUCUCAACAGGAAAAGGUUUCCAGUUGUGGAAACGGAGUUUCACAUUUCCUGAACAGAUUUUUUUUAACAUGAUGACCAAAUCUUGCAAAACAACUUUUUUUUAAAGUGUAUGGAAGAUGUGUGGUAUUUUUUUGGAGCUGUGUUUUGUAACUGUAUGAUUUGCGGGAAUGUUGGGAGAUUUUAAAUAAAUACAAACUAAAUUUA